AUGGGCUCAAAUCAACCCCGCUGGCCAGCACCAAGUGCCACUGCAUUCGGCAGUGUUUACCCUGAUUUGGAUUUGAUAACUGAAAGCCCGAAUCCGCUGUCUUGGCCUGUCAGCAAUACAACAAAUCCAAGCCUUAUCUCGCAUGAAGAUAACGCAGCAUGGAUCGAUGAUGAUCUUUCAAAAGAUGAUCCAGCUCGCGAGCUAAAUAAUCUUCAGUGGCCACUCCCUGGGCCAGUUACGCGGCCAUCAGACAGCAUCAACUGGUCUGAAAUUGCCAAAGAACAAAACCGAAGAGAACAACGGAGCCUUCCCCGGAGAAGAAGUCGAUAUCGCUAUAUUCAGUCAGAGAAUAGAGCGGUACCGAUACCCACCCCCGCCUCGGCCUCAUCCCAAGAAGGCCAACAAGAAUCAGAUCCGUUGCAGCGAUGGAAGGAUUCACCACCCCAAGACGAGCCAGCCUGUAUGGAAGCCAUUCAUGAUGCUCUCAGAACAACUCUCGUCAAUCCUGAGGGUGGCAACACUCGGUCCACGCCAAGAUACUCUCAAGCAAACUCGGGGACAAGUUUUGACAGCGGUGAUAGUGGCUCUUCCAUACACUCUGCUAGCUCUGUCUGGUCUGCAGGAUCAGAAUCUUCCGCAGGUCAGCGUGCUGGAUUUGGCCCGUUAAGUCGUACUCGUCAGGGCCGCAUCGGGAAAAAACGUGCAGCGAGCGCCGCCUCGGCGAAAGAUAGCCGUCCGUUUAAGUGCACCUUCUGUUGUGAUAGCUUUAAGACAAAGUUUGACUGGGCUCGACAUGAAAAGUCCCGUCACCUUAACCUGGAGUCUUGGCUAUGUACUCCUCAAGGGGGAUCCGUCAUCUCAACAGUAACAGGCCGGCUUCACUGCGCAUACUGUAGCUAUAUGGAUCCCUCGGAUGACCAUCUCGAAGAGCAUAACCACAGCGCUUGCCACGAUCGGCCAAUUGAAGCGCGCUCAUUUGGACGAAAGGAUCAUCUCGUGCAGCAUCUGCGCGUUAUGCAUAAGCUAGAGAAGCUGCCUCAAUUCAAUAGCUGGAAGGUGCUUGCCACAGAGGUAGAAUCCCGAUGUGGAUUUUGCGAUUUGCAACUUUCCACUUGGAACAAGAGGAUCGACCAUCUUGCAGCACACUUUCGCAAAGGACUGACGAUGAAAGACUGGAAAGGAGAGCACGGAUUCUCACCAACAGUAGCAGGAAAAGUCAUUCAUGCUCUCCCUCCAUAUUUAAUAGGGUCGGAGUCUUUGAGCGUUGUUCCCUUUUCAGCAACCAAGCAGGGUACCAGGGACCACUUCGCACAGAUCUCCUCCCGUACCCAUGGGUUCAAGGAAGAUCAAACAGCGGAUUCUACGCAAAUAGAAAGGCCCGUGUCGAUUGCUUCAUCGUCGAUAUUGAGCUCAAGAGCCGCUACAUCGAAAGCGUUCACCGAAAUUUUGGAGCGGCAUUUGAAGCAUUUUGCGGAGGAGCAUAUAUCGCAGGGCAUUUUCCCUACCGAUGAGAUGUUAAGACAGGAAUCAAGAAGGGUCAUAUAUGACAGCGACCAUGAAUGGAACCAAACCGUUGCAGAUAAUUCGGAGUGGCUGGCACAGUUUCGCAAGCGGAACGGCCUCGAUAACCACAAGGGUGGCCAAGAUGAUAACAUGCAAGAGAGUUGA